AUGAAAAGCCAAACCCCGAGAGCUGCGGUUUCGGGAGGCCGAAUGGAAUGUGCGAACAAGGUCGAGCGUUUUCAACUGGGUCCUGCUAGGGGUCAACAGACCCCUACGGAGAAAUCAUGCUGCCAGUCAUUCUAUCGACAGCGCGCUAACACCUCGGGACACUUAGGCCGGUGCGUGGCAGGCUUGGUUCGCUUACGCCGUACCGGUACCGGCGCUAGGCCCAAGGGAGCGUCAAUCGGGAUCUCCGUCCUCCAGGGUUUUCACAUUGACGGCUUUCAGUUGGUCCAGUUGCGGCUUCCGGCUUUUGGACUACGAGGGCGCGCAAGAGCGACGGCGGCGGCAGAGGAGGAAUUGGAAGGUGGUGUGCGACUGUCCCGGAUGUUCAUGGGUUUUGCUUUGAUGGGAGGAUGGCUUUUGUGGCUCGUUCAUGCCAUCGAUUUGCUUCCGUACAAGCACGGGCAUCGCUGCGCCAUUCUUCACGAUUCAAACUUUCAGGUUCAUCUUAACCAAGGAAGUGGAAGCUGCCCGGCCAUUCACAUUCACGGGUUUACCCCAGUGGCCAUCGUUUCCUUGCCCACUGAGCGCACUGCGCUCGACGCAUCGACCAGCAUUAAAGUCCAGUCUUGUCACUUGCAGUGCAUUGCCCUGGCCAUUGGAUUUGCCCACUUUGCGGGCUAGCUUCCAGAACCGUCCCAGCUCUCCCGGUCUCUCAGCUGCAGGAAUCGGCCCUGUCCUUUUUCAGGUUCUCAUCCUGCCGUCUCCAUUUGCCAUCCGCUCUGCCAGUCGCAGCUGCAGGUGCCUGUCCCUUGAAUACUUAGGUAGAAGAGGAACUCGGUUUCUUACCAUCACGUCAACAGAAUCAUCCCCCCGUCCUGUGUGCGACGCAGGCGUGGAUUCACCGUCUCAAAAGCUCGCUCGCAGGCAUUGUCGCGGGCACGGCACCUACCGCCAGGGCUUUCCAUCGACGGGUACCGGAUACAUCGCCGGAUACUGGAGACUGGAGACUGGAUGUCCCAUCCCCAUCCCAGUGACAGACCGAGACCAGAUCCAGGUCACCUAGUCCGCCUGGUACCUCAGUCCAGGCCAAGAAAGAAAACCACACCCUCGAAUCCGACCUGACCCUGACCCGAUUCCCAAGCAUUGUUGUCUCGGAGGAAAGGACAAGGAUAUCUUGUUUGCUGCGCCCAGUGCAGUGUGUUGCGACAGCCUCCCGGGUUUAGGAAUCACA